GGGGUGUGGGGUGAGGAAUCAGAGGAGAAGGGGCCGGCCCCCGGCGAUCGAUUCCGAGGGGAAGGAAGGGGAAAGUGGGGGCAUCUAGUCGCUCCGGGUAAUCUCUUUCUCGCGGCCCUGCUUUCUCUCCUAUUCAUCCACGAUUUGAUUCUUCGUCGUGUCGGCGCUCCUCUGUAAGGUUUUUUUUUCUUGAUUACUUUGUGAUUCCACGACCCGUCGUCAUCCUCAUCCGGCACCUGCCCGAAGUGCGUAUUCCGGCGAUGACCUGGUGGUUGUUGGCGGAUCUGCACGCUGGGCGAUCUAAUCGUUGAUGUUGGAUCUGAGGGCGGACGCUGGAUAGGUAGAUGCUAUUGUGCGGAUUCGUCACUGGUUAGACCGCUUACCUUCUCGCCGUCAUGGGAAGUUGCCUUGGAUGUUGUACCAAACCUGCUCCUAUUAUUGCUGUUGAUGAGCCUUCAAAGGGUUUGAAAAUCCAAGGUCGAUUAGUGAAGAAACCUAGUAUAUCUGAAGAAUUUUGGAGUACAAGCACAUAUGAAAUGGAAAAUAGUAGAGCUCAUUCACAGAGGAGCAUUUCUUCAAUUAGCACCUUGCCACAAAACUUUGAUCACCAUGGUGGAACUGGAAGCACAAGCAAUCCUCCGGAAAUUGUGAAUCAUGGUUUUCUUCUAUGGAAUCAAACAAGACAGCAAUGGAUUGGAAAAGGAAGGCUUGAAAGCCAGUCAAAGCAAGUUCAAGAACCAAGGUUAAGUUGGAAUGCAACAUAUGACAGUUUGCUUGGGAGCAACAAGCCAUUUCCACAGCCCAUUCCUCUAUCAGAAAUGGUAGAGUUUCUUGUGGACAUCUGGGUGCAGGAGGGAUUGUAUGAUUGAGACCAAAAAAAGGUUUGCUCUCGAAGCUACGCAAACUGUGAAAAGUGAGGUUUGCCAAGAGGUCACCGGCAUGCAAGCUGUGAAAAGUAUGAUUUCAUUGAAGCAGCCAGAUGGUCACUGGUAUUCCUUGUCGGGAUAUCUAACUGUAUAUGGUUUGCUAUCACAAUACCAAUAUGAUCUGUAUUGCUUGCCUAGUUGAGUAUCUUUAGCCAUUGUUGCAAAAGUAAGUACGGAUGUCAAGCAUUAGUCUAAUCGUAUAUCUUUGGAUUGCCA